CCCUUUUUUACCGAAACGGACAUCCAUAUAAUAGUAUAAGGAAUAUGCCCACAAUAGGGCGAUAGACAGAUAUAAUCCUACCAAACUUAGAGAAAGUCUUAUUGCCCUAGAAGCCAAAACUCUUACUUAACUAACUCUUAGGCGAAAGGCUUCCAUGCAUUUGAUAUGGUAUGAAAGAAAGCUAGAACUCCGAGUACAGACAGAGAGAGCGAGAUAUUCUCUUAUAUAAAAGAGUUAGGAAGAAUCAGCUGCAGAUGUUAGAAAGUGAACUGUACUGCUGCAUUCCGUAGAAUUCCGGGAAUUGGAACUGGCAAAAGAGGAGACGCAUACCUUACUUAUUAAGAUACUUUCGAAAGACCAACUCCUUUCGGGUAUUGGUUGGACUGGAUGAAAGAGGAUGACUCCGCCGACCACUCGUACCUUUCUGUCGAGCCUUCCCCUAGGCUACUGGACUUUCAGACAGGAAAAAAAUAACAGAAACUUUCACGCGAGACUGGCUAGAUAAUAAAGCUUGAAACUGGAGCGAAGCAACUCGACUAAAUAAUAGGUUAGCUUCCUUAGAAGGUGAAACUAGCGCUUAGAGUUCGGUGCGAGGAUCAACUCCGUACCCUUCCUUCAGAUAUUUACUGCUUUGCACGAGCUGAGACAGUGUAGAUAGAUCCGGAUAAGGCAAAGACCACAUUCCUACUGCUAUAACUAAGACUUGAAAUUCCCUCAAAGAAAAACUCUUUGUUGCAUCGAUUGAUUGGCUUAGAAGUUGGAACCUUCUUUUCUCAACUCAAAUGCUUCGAGUUUAAGUUAGUGUUCAUUGCUUAAUAGUAAAUAACUCUUUUUUUUUUUCUCCUAAGUGGGAUAGAAGGCAGAUAAUAGCGGAUUUCCCCAAAAAUGAAUUCUACCAAAGCAUUCAUUCCUUUGAAUUAGACCGCUCGCGACCUAUGUCAAUUAAAGGAAUGAAUGGUUGACAGGCGAUGGAAAAAAAGAAGUAGAAGAAAGAUGUGCGAUUACCACUUCGAUUAAAGAGUAGAGUAAGGUACUUUCUACUUGAACUUCUAAGGUCCAAUUUUCUUAAGGGAGGUUCUUACUUGACUUAGGUGUGAACCUGUACAUACAAAGAAAGAUACAGGUAGCUUAGCUCCUUCAAAGAGUUGGCUAGACUCUUAUCGAAAUUGCGUAUAUAAAGAAAAAGAGAUUCUGAAUUGAUUGUGCGGGAAAUGUUUUUGACUGAACCUCCCGUUGUUCUCUCUCCGAUAGCACGCAGCCGAUAAUAGAGACAUAGUUCGAAAGGUCCCAUGCCUUUCUUGGUUGGCAAACCCAACCGGUGAUUUCUUUCUUCCUGAAUUUGGAGAGCAAGAAUCAGUCUUUCUUCAUUUCUCGAGAGAGCAGAGAAGUCAAAGAAUGAAAAUACAAAUGAUUGUUCGAGAAUGGCUAUUCUUCACAAUUGCUCCUUGUGAUGCAGCGGAACCAUGGCAAUUAGGAUUUCAAGACGCAGCAACACCUAUGAUGCAAGGAAUAAUAGACUUACAUCAUGAUAUCUUUUUCUUCCUCAUUCUUAUUUUGGUUUUCGUAUCAUGGAUCUUGGUUCGCGCUUUAUGGCAUUUCCACUAUAAAAAAAAUCCAAUCCCGCAAAGGAUUGUUCAUGGAACCACUAUUGAGAUUAUUCGGACCAUAUUUCCCAGUAUCAUCCUGAUGUUCAUUGCUAUACCAUCAUUUGCUCUGUUAUACUCAAUGGACGAGGUAGUAGUAGAUCCAGCCAUUACUAUCAAAGCUAUUGGACAUCAAUGGUAUCGGACUUAUGAGUAUUCGGACUAUAACAGUUCCGAUGAACAGUCACUCACUUUUGACAGUUAUAUGAUUCCAGAAGAUGAUCCAGAAUUGGGUCAAUCACGUUUAUUAGAAGUGGACAAUAGAGUGGUUGUACCAGCCAAAACUCAUAUACGUAUUAUUGUAACAUCUGCUGAUGUACUUCAUAGUUGGGCUGUACCUUCCUCAGGUGUCAAAUGUGAUGCUGUACCUGGCCGUUUAAAUCAGACCUCUAUUUUGGUACAACGAGAAGGAGUUUACUAUGGUCAGUGCAGUGAAAUUUGUGGAACUAAUCAUGCUUUUAUGCCUAUCGUCGUGGAAGCUGUUUCUAGGAAAGAUUAUGGUUCUCGGGUAUCUAAUCAAUUAAUCCCCCAAACCGGAGAAGCUUAAGCGGAAAUGAAAGAAUAGGGUGAAGAAGAGAAGCCACUAAGAAGGCUUCGCUCGCUCGUUUAGUAGAAGUAGAGUGCAUAAGCUCCUUUAGAGAUAGAGGCGAGUACUACACGAGCUCGUAAGUCAAGUACGGAACGAGCCUUGUCUACAAAGCAGAGCGACCUCGUCUUGCUUGCUUCUGGCGAAACUUCCUGCACUAGAGAAUGGCCAUUCCGGUAUGGUAGGAAGACUGCUUUUUAGGCCGAAGGAAUAGGAGCGAUAGCGAAGCCAAGCCGUAUAAAGGCGAGCAGCCCUUAUAGCAAUAGAACUUAUAGCCUUUU